UCAAUUUUGACAAAAGCUGUAUCCCUUCUAGACAAAACAUUGGUCUGGACCUCUGGGCUUGCUGUAACGUAUAGAAAGUGGGAUCCUAUUAAAGCAAUCCUUCGUGGGGAGGACCAUGCAUCGGUCCAGAAUUAACGUACGUUAAAAAUAAGCGAAUUGUCCAAACGCUACAUUCAGCAGUAUAAAGUUGCAAGUGACAUUUAGUUUGUCCCUCAAGAAAUAUGAUGCAUGUUAUCCUAAAAAAGCUUGCAUGGUGCACACCUCACGUGCUCCGAUCCUGCAAACCGAACGCUACAGUUUGAGGGCACUAUUUACGGUUCAAUCUCGCUGUCAAAGGUUGAGGGAGCAUGCAGUUUGUUUUCAGGUUAGCUUUAAACGAGGUACUUCAAAGUGAGGUCUCCAACUGUCUGAGGUUAUAUAUAGCUACCAUUCUCCUCCCUGCACGGUUGUGUGAGUCACCACAUCAUAUGGAGAAGGGACAACCGCUGGUUCACGAGGUUUUAUGCUAGAGUGAACAAGCCAAGGCAGAAUCUUUCACCCCGAAGUGUCUACGGAUUCUCCAAGACGUCAAGCAGCAUUUCUACAUGUGAGCUAUCAGCGUUUCGUUGAAUUAAUUCAGCCUUUUACGCUGUGCUGUAGGCUACGCUUGCUUAAUUUGGUUUCGACUAUUUAUUUAUUCCCGCAUCGAUAAUAAUGGACUGAAAGUCGCGGAUAAACAAUAACUACCUGCCGUGAUUUCGUGUUUGUAUAAAUGAUAGAGGAUACAAUGACACUGUUGUCUCUUUUGGGUCGGAUCAUGCGUUAUUUUCUGCUCAGACCAGAGACCUUGUUCCUCCUAUGCAUAAGCCUGGCUCUGUGGAGUUACUUCUUCCACACUGACGAGGUGAAAACCAUCGUCAAGUCCAGCCGGGAUGCUGUCAAAAUGGUCAAGGGGAAAGUGGCGGAGAUUAUGCAGAAUGAAAAAUUCGGGGGUCUAGAUGUUCUGGACGCAGAGUUCUCCAAAACCUGGGAGUUCAAGAGUAACAAUGUGGCGGUGUACUCCAUCCAAGGCCGGAGAGAUCACAUGGAAGACCGCUUCGAGGUCCUCACUGACAUCGUGAACAGGAGUCACCCGUCUAUAUUUGGGAUUUUCGAUGGCCAUGGGGGAGAGGCGGCGGCUGACUUUGCCAAGGCCCAUCUGUCGGAGGCGUUGCGUCAACAGCUCCUGAGCUACGACCGGGAGAAGGAGAAGAAUGAGAGCAGCGGUGGUCUGUCCUAUUCCUCCAUUCUGGAGCAGCAGAUCCUGGCUCUGGACAGGGACAUGCUGGACAAGCUGUCAGCCGUCUACAACGAAGCAGGUACCACAUGUCUGGUGGCCCUGCUGUCUGAUAAAGAGUUGACGGUGGCGAACGUUGGCGACUCGCGUGGAGUCCUCUGUGACAAAGAUGGCAACGCCAUCGCCCUGUCACAUGAUCACAAGCCCUACCAGCUCAAAGAACGCAAGAGGAUCAAGAAGGCUGGUGGCUUCAUCAGUUUCAACGGUUCGUGGCGUGUUCAGGGCGUCCUGGCAAUGUCUCGUUCGCUGGGCGACUACCCUCUGAAGAACCUGAAUGUUGUCAUCCCCAACCCUGACAUCAUGACCUUUGACCUAGAUAAGCUGCAGCCAGAGUUUAUGAUCCUGGCGUCGGACGGGCUGUGGGACGCGUUCAGCAACGAGGAGGCCGUACGCUUCAUCAAAGAGCGCCUCGACGAACCCCACUUUGGCGCCAAGAGCAUCGUCCUGCAGUCUUUCUACCGCGGGUGCCCGGACAACAUAACCGUCAUGGUGGUCAAGUUCAAAGGUGCCGGUGGCAAGGCCGCAGAGCAGUAGACCUACUGAUACAGCCAAAGGAGAGAUCUAUAUUAUAUAUGAAUAUAUAUGUGUGUGUAGGUUUAAAAGAAAAGAGAAAACAAGCUGGCAGUUUUUGGAGUGAGAACUGUUUCUAUUGAAGAUAUUUACAGAAAUGAGCCAUUCGCCACCAUGAUGCAAACACUAAAAUGUACACAUACAAAUUCACUCACACUCUCGAACAGUCACUUGUUUCAUUUUUUUCUUCAAUCCACAUAACGUAUCAUGAAUGUUUAUUAGUUGUUUUUUAAGCAGUCAUCCUCCAGGCCCUACACUGUGUUACUAUUUUGCAGGAGAGGUACACCAAGAUAUCAACAUAAUUUGAAGUCGAGACCAAGUUGCAGUGAUUUGUACAUCUCUGAGAAAACCUUUAUCAGCAGAUGUCAUCUGAUUUGGUGCUUACAUACAUCAGAGCACCUGUAACUGAACACCUGUUUGGUUAGCCGGAGGGGCUAAAUAGUUUCUGUUUAAAGACAGCUCAGACUAGACAAACGUAACUGUGUUCUCUUCUGUUUAGUCUGGCAUGGCCUAUUUGUUUGGGGGGGGGGGACUCAAACAGACAGUGACUGAUUUGAUUAAGAUGGCAUUAGGAGAUGCAUGCUCUGCGGUCCUCAACAACGGCCUGUUGCCUGCAUGAGUGUAUCAUGUCAAAUCACAUUCAGUUUGAUUCUUCACUGUCACCCCUUGAUUUCUAACGUUGAUCUGUCGUUCUAAACAUUGGCCAUCUUGUCCGUCGGCUCCAUAGACAUUUAAACCUGUCAGCUCCCUAGCGCCAUGUUGAUUUUUGACUUGCAGUUGAGUACCCCCAAAUGACUGCACUGAGAAUUGCAACUGUAUUUUGAAGUUCUGUAGUUUAUUGGUACUAAAUAUAAUAGAUAUCGUUCCUCAUUCAUGCAGACUACUAAUGAUGUCAUCUAUGCCUGUCUGUCGACAACGAUCUGUGGUCAUCUGUCUGCCCAGAAUACAUUUCUUUAAGUCUAAUCCCAUGUUAACCCUGAUCUAGGAAUCACUUUGACACUAGUUGCACAAAUGUUUGCACCAUGCUGUUAUUAUUGUUAUGCCAGUCUUUUUUCAUUAAUUAUACAAAUUGAUUUUCACAUGCGUGGUGGCAUUCUACUGUUUGAAUACCCGACACGUCUUUAUUCUGAUCAUUGGCAGCCGAUUGUCUUUCUGAAGUUGGGUUUAGUUCUAUGGACUCAUGCUCCCUCGACAUCAGGGACUGUCACUGUCUGUCAUAUAGUACAGCUUACUUUAAGUUUAUUUCUGUAAACUGACAGACUCAAAACGUAAUAUGAAGCCUUUGAAUGAAAUAUUUACCUGUUGCCUUAUUUUUUUUAAUAUACAUUUCCUCAUGAAUUUGUUGCCAAAACUAACUCCUUGGUUUGUAAUGUUCGUUAAACAUGCACAUCACAUGUAGAUAUAUCUCACGUGUAGAAUACCAUCACAGAUGUCUCCGUGAGACAAGGAAGUGUGACAUGAAUGUACAUACAGUGCCUUUGGAAAGUAUUCAGACUCCUUGACUUUUUCUACAAAUUGUUACGGUACAGCUUUAUUCUAAAAUUGAUUAAACAAAUAAAAUUCCUCACA